AUGCAGAACGAUCAGAUCAUGGUAAAACUAAAAGUGCUCGAAGGCUCACGUCGAUUGAAUUCGGACGAUCCCGAUGAUUUGGACGAUCCGCGAACGUUGGAACUGGGAUGGACCAGCCGAGUCACAGCUAUCGCGUAUGCUGUAUGUCGCUGGUCGGCAGAACAGUCCAUGAUGUUGUCUGCCACACGGGAAUACGUUCGUGUGCGACCCAAACUGAGGCAAACCACUGAACCGUUGCUGAUCUUUUUGGCCCGUACUCGCCUCAUCCGAAAUCGUAUGUGUUGCCUCCGGUGUCCUCGUUAUCCAUUUAUGUAUUUGAUCCGAUGUGAUGAGCAUUUGGACGGUUGGCAGUGGCGUUGCCCUCGAUGUCAACGGUGUCGUUCGAUACGAUCGGGGUCCCGACUAUUACGCUGUCGAAUCUCACUUCACGCACUCCUUGACAGUAUAUACUUCUGGUGUCACAAAUCCGUGACAGACAGUUCUGUGCGGAAACUUCUCCCGGAAUUAUGGUGGUCGCGUAUACGAUUUAUUUGUUUGUUGGAUACCUGUCAUUCACAGACCACUCAACCUAGUCCUGCUCCGCCUGUUCGAUCGGGUGGUGUGCGAAGUACCAAAUCUCGUUAUCGACGUCCGCGUCUGUCAGAAGCUUCCGUUCCGGUGGGUAUAUGUGACACUUCACUUCGUUGA